CACUGUUCAAUGAAUGAUGGAAAUAGUGUUCCAAGUAUGGAGAGAAAUGUUUCUCUUGCAUUGUGAUAUUUAGGACAGAUGAGUAGAAAGUGUUUCUCAUCCUCUAUUUGCUGUAGAUCACAGUGUCUACAGAUCCUCUGUUCUCUCGCUGUCCAUGUUUGUCUAUGUCUUCCUCUCUCUAUUUCUAGAUCAUGGUCACUUAAUCUGUAUUUGGAGAGGAUUUGUCUUUCUUUAAAUUGUUUGAUUAAUAAAUAAUUUGCCAAUUUAGUGGUUCUAUUUAGGGUCGAGUAACAUUGGAGUUUAUUUUGGAUCUCAAAAUGUGCUUUUAGUGAUUCAUCAUGAGUAUCUUUUAGAUUUUUGUCAAUUUCUUUAAUAAUAGUUUUGGGGUUGUAGCUGUGGUCAAUUGGGAAUUGAGUUUCAUGGACAAGUUGAAGAGCGAGUGUGUUUAGAGGAUGAGAUUCUGCUGAGGUUUCAUUGGCGAGGAGGGCUUUAUAUUGGACUGAAUCAGGAUCAGACUGAUGGAGGUGAUGCCAGAACUGAACACAUCUAUCUACUUUUACCACACCGGGUGAAAUACUCUGGGUUUGUGCCAAAAUUCCGAGCUCAGAGCCCUCUCCACGGGCAGCAUGCCAAAUACGCAUAACUUUACUCUAUUUAAUUAUAUGGAUAUUUGAACUUGUGAAUUACUCAAGUGUUACCUAGUCACUCUGCAGGAACUACUGGUGAUCUGGAUCAUAUUUAAAGUGAAAAAACAUUUUUUUAUUUUUUUCACUUCAAAAAAAGGUCCAGAUCACCAGUAGUUGAGUAGUUACACUUGAGUAAUUAGUAAUGGAAUUUUUAUGAGCAUAUUCAGUGUUAAAAAAAAAAAAAAGAGAAGUGAUUAUGUCUCAGAUACAAGUUAAUGUUCUGAUUAGUGAUUAAUUGGUAAGUCUUUAGUUAAUGAUGAGGCAAAUCUCAUUCAGAAAUUGAUUACCUAAAAAGGAACUAUCUAAAUUUGCUAUUUACUGAUAAGUUAAUCUUGUUUUCAUAUGAGUUAUUAGUAGUAGCUGUAGUGUUACUGUAGAACUACUCAUUUGUCCUGCAUGCAUUACUUCCUUCAUAAUUACCUAUUAAUGAUGGAACAUAAUUCUAAAGUGUUACCUUUUCUUUCCCACAAAUUAUAAUGUCAAAGGCUGUUUAAAAUAAGUUCUAAAAGCACUUUCUUAAUUUAUUUAGUUGAAAUAGAUAUUUUCAGGGUUUGAAUUAUUUAUUUUUUUUGGCUACUAAAUUAAGAUACGGCCAUUCAGAACUUAUACUAGCCAAAACAAAAAUAUAAGAAAGAUUAUCUUUGUAAUAAAAAGAGAAAUAAAAGCAAAAUUGCCCAUGACUUUUCUUAUAAAACAGCAUUUAUUUAAUUUUACUUUCCAAAUAAUGCUCACUCUAAGUUGAAUAUUUAAUGGUAAAUAGUGGAGAACAUUAUUAGACAGGCUGCCGAUCCAUAAAGUGAUUUAGCCGUUUCCUCACAAAAGAAACUGAAAUAAGAGAAUUGAAGCCUCGCCUUUAUUGACAUCCAUUCAAAAAAGCAACCAGUUCUCAUUCCAAGGCAAGGCAUCCGACAAUAAUAAUAAUGAAAAUCAUGCCCCAAAAUAUAAUGAUAUAAUGACAAAAUUAUAUCCCAGCAUACAUUAUAUUUCCCAUAGGACAUAGUUUAUGAAUCAUCAACUAUUAUGCCCCAAAUUGGCUGGUGAGUUCAAAUGUCUUAUACUACGGGGCUGUUGAAUGCUCAAAUCUGAAUCGAAUCUUGACCAACGCUCUAAGGUGUGCAAUUAUUUUCAGGGAAAUGCAUGGCUAAAGUAUUUCUAGCAGGUCUUGACCACAUUGCAGUUCCAUAUCACUUCGCCAAAGAUUUAUCUCAACAGGUACUUAAAGCUUAGCCUACAACAGCAAAAGAAACAAAACCCACAAUGACACAGACCAAGCAAAUAAAUAUAGUAAACAAUGGGAUGAAAUCGAUAAAUUAUUGUCAUGGUUUUUACCAAAAAUACGUUUUAUUGUGUCCUGAAAGCGCAUACUCUCUCGCGUGCUCUCUCUCUUUCAAAUGUACACACGUACUGUAUAGUAUGGACACACUCGCACAGAAACGUUUUGUCAGCGCUGCUCUGACAAAUUAAUCAGUAAAAUAGUUUAGCAACUUAAAAGAUAGCCUACAUGACUCACCAGCGAGGUAAUAACUGUACGGUUCUUGAGGUAGAUAGGUAGGCUCAGGUAGGCUAAUUCAGUGGUUCCCAAACCUGUCCUGGAGGACCCCCAGCCCUGCACAUUUUGUAUGUUUCGCUCAUAUAUCACACCUGAUUUAACUCAUGUGCUCAUUAGUAGAGACAGCAAGACCUGGAAUGGGUGUGUCAGAAAUAGGGAGACAUGGAAAAUGUGCAGGGCUGGGAGUCCUCCAGGACAGGUUUGGGAACCACUGGGCUAAUUCACAUAUGUUUAUUCUCUCUCUCUCAAUUGCGUUAAUAACUGUAUCAACGGUAUUCUGCCAUCAAGGCUCAAGCCUUCGCUACUAGUUCUGAAAUGACGUUUUGGAAUUAGCAACGGAGGCUUGGGAUGAGAUGUGUAAGAAAUUGGUCACACACACAAGAGUGUUUUAAGGACAAAAAAUGACAAAUGUCUUGAAAUACAACAUAGGAACAGUGUGUUGAGGUGUGAUAACCGUAGUAUAAACGGAAUAAUUGACUCCAGGCGGUUGAAUUCUUAGUAAAAAAUACACACUCGAGAUGUUUAAUGCACAUCAAGCCAUAGACAUUGAAUUGUUUAUGCAAUGUUUAGAUUACCUUACAGUUAUUGUAUAAUGUAUUUUUGUUGCUAUCAUAGAUUUAAAUGUUGUAUAAAUGAAAAUAACCAAUCCAGAUCAGUGGAAUUUUGUUCAUGUUCAAAAGUUAAACUUUAUAUGCCACUCUCUAACAAACAGCUUGUUGAUAAUAUAUAUGAAAUGUGUUUUUUUCCCUCUAGGCUUUAUUGGUUAAAAUCACCCUAAUCGCACUACAAUGGCUAGUCAUGGUAUGAAAUCAUUUUUAAAAAUUAAAAAAACAAAUAAAUAAAUAAUGCUUUAUUGCCUAUGAUUCAGUUAAAUUAAAUUAAUAAUAUGAAUAGGAACUAAGAGAAAACGUAUUGAUGAACCAACCGGUUCAAGAGUUACCAGUGCACAGUCUCAGCUGACAACGGAAAAGACCAUAAUUGAGCAAACAAAGGACAUCAUGACAAGGGCUUAUGAAAAAAUUCAAGCCAUGAAAAAUGAGGACGAAACCAAAACUGAGCUACACAAUUACACUGUAUAAGUUAUUUCCAAGAUGAAUAAAAAAAACGGUAAUAAGAAAAUCAUUGGGAUUUUGGGAGAGUCAGGACAAGGAAAGUCUUCGCUAUUAAAUGCAAUCCUGGAAAAGAGAAAUUUGCUGCCAUCUGGUUGUUUUGGUGCCUGUACAGCUGUUAUUACUCAAAUUGAGGCGAAUCUGACUGACUCCAACUACAUAGCAGACAUUGAAGCCAUCCCGAAAGAGAAUUGGGAGAGUGACCUAAAAAAUCAUUUUAGUCCUUUAAGAACAGAGAGUAACGAAGAAGAUCAAAACUUGACUAAUGAUACUAGAGAAAAGAUCACUGCGCUGUAUGGAGCUAAUGCAGAAAAGGGAACAUUUGAGGAUCUUAAAAAUGAUGACAAAUUAGCUGAAAUGACCAACCAUUUUUCCUCCAGUAAUGCAUCUGACUUUUCCAGAAGGUUACAGCGUUACAUACAAUAUAGUCCGGGUACAGCAGUUUCUGGUGGCUGGUACUGGCCACUUGUGAAGUGUGUGACAAUCAAGAUUCCAGAUUGUCAUGAGCUUCUGGAGCACAUUACCCUUGUUGAUCUUCCUGGGACUGGAGACUGCAACAAGAUUAGGGAUGAAAUGUGGAAAUCUAAACUAAGAGACUGCUCUUCAGUGUGGAUUUUAAGUGACAUUAAUCGUGCUGUCACCAGCAAAGAUACCUGGGAGAUAUUGAAGUACUGCACUAAAGACAUGAUGCAAGCAGGGGAAUGCAGAGAUAUUAAUUUUAUCUGCACCAAGAGCGACAAUAUUGAGCCGGAAGAAUAUAAUAGUGUUCUGGAAGACAAAAUACCAGAAGAUGGGGAUCUGACAACAAAGUGUAUACUUCACAGAAAUGAUCAGGCUAAGAAAACAGUCUUGCAAACCUUUGAAAAUUCCCACAUCAAGAAAGAAAUGGAUUUAAAAGUUUUUACAGUAAGCUCCAAGGCAUUUUUUCAACACACGUUAGGCAUGAAACAUGAUGACACAGAAAUCCCAAAGCUGCAAGACGUUCUGAAGAAUAUGAACAAGAGAAUUAACCAAGAACUGACCAGAGGUUGUGUUGCUGAGGCAAAGGCAGUUAUUUCCUUGAUCCAAAGCAAAACAAUGGCUGAGACAGAGGUCCACAUUGUGUUGGAGAGGAGUCUAGAGAAGGCACUGAACAAGAUAGAUGGUCAGUUCGACAUGCUCCAGCGUUUGCUCUCUCAGAGUCUCUCAAAUGGAGUAGAAAAAUCUGAAUUGUCAUGUCGAGAUGGUGCAGAAGAGAUGAUAUCACCCUAUUUGCCUAAAGGUCAUGGGGGAUUCCAUAAAAUCCUUCAAGCACUGUGCAUAAACGGAGGACGGCACAGAUCAAAAGCAUGGGAUACAGUUCUAGAUCUAAAUGAGUGUUUGACCAAACACAUGUAUGAAAACAUUGAUGUGGAAUUCAAAUCAAUUUUUCCCACCAGGGUUAAAACAGGGUUAUCAGUGCAAGAACUGAUUGAUAAGUUCAGUAUCAUUAGUAGUGACAGUGCUCACACCUCAUCUCCCAUGCUAAACUUCAUCAAAGCACAGGAAGAAAACCAGAAAAAAACACUCAAAGAAGAAGUUGUUAAUAGAAAGAAGAAAAUCUACACAUCAAUCCAUGAAACCAUUAAGUCUGCAAUGGCCCCAUACUAUGAAGAAGCUGCACAGGAAAAAGGAGAAGGAUGCCUGAGGAGGAAGCAAAAAAAGCUACUGGAUGCUAUUGACACAUUGAAAAGUUUAAUGUUUGAAAAUGCAAAACAGGAAGUGCUUAAGCAGUCAGAUGAAUUGAUGGACUACAUAAAGAAAAACCUUGAAUCUGUGUUGAAGACAUCAAUCCAACACUCAUUUGCACAAACAAGCAAAAUCACCCUUUUGGAUGUCUCUAGUGAGGUUAUAAUGCUGGAGAGACUGUCAAUGCAACUCUCAGAUUAAGACUGAACACUUCAUAGAAGUGACAUGCGUCACUUGGCUGUAUGUUAAUUAGUUUUAUACAUAUAGGUUAUAGAGGACUUUACAAAUGUAAAGAAUAUAUUACAAAUGUUAGACUUCAUAUCAUUUAUAGACAUAAUUUUUCAAUUGCUUAAUGAUGAAAUAAUUGUAUGCAUCACUGAUUCAUUCAACACUGAUAAUCUUUCUUCUCAUUGCAGUGUAAUAGAUGUCUUCUUUUUCAAAUCAUCAUAUCUGUGUUAUUCUGGGUUUAUCCAUGGUUGAAGGGUUUUAAUUAUAUGCAAAUUUAUGACCAAAAAAAAUCUGUUCUAUCAUUCUGUCUGUAGCAUUUAAAACAAACUCUUGCAUUAUUGAUAUUUGGUACAACUGUUUACUCAUCUACUUAAUAUGAAAUAACAUUUCUGUUCCUGACUUGUGCUGCAAACUCGUUUCGGAGGAUUACAUAAUCUUAAACAAGACUACACUUUGAAAUCUUAAAAUGAAUAAAAUUUCUGUAAUUGUUUAACCAUUUUGUAAUAUUUAGUUUGUUUGCUGUGCUAUUUUCUCCUAUGCAGCAACUGACAUACAACCAUAAGAAUAAGAUACACCAAAGCACAUCCAUUUUAUUUGUUUGCUGUACUCCAUAGAAUCCAUAUGUUUGUAAGGAACAGAUCCAAAUUCAGCCCUUUAUCCAUCGAUCUUCAUCUUCAUUCUCAGUAACAGCGACCGUCACAGUCAAAGUCCACGCUGAGACAGCACUGAUAUCGAACUGAUAUCGAACGCUCGUUGGUUCUGUUGUGGAAAUUUUAAUUUUUACCUGUAUUCUUAUAAAAUAUAAUGCUUAUGGAAUAUGAUAUGAUGUUAGAAAUAAAAAGAGCAAGAUAUGGUAUGGGAACAUGCAAGAUAUAUGUUAAAAACAUGUCUGUGCUAACAAUGUGUGGAAAGUUACAGCCGCUAAGAGAUGUUCCUAAUAUGGUAAAAGGACAGAGGCUUCAGCCUUGGAGGUUAGAGAAAUAAAAGUGAGGGGAAGCUUUCGUUCUUUGUCUUACAAGUAGCUGCAGAGUGUGUUUCUGUUGACUGUCUGACCUUUCUUGCAAGAAAUAAAACUUUCGAAAGACAAUUGGAUGAGUUUGUCU